UUUUCUGGUUCCUCUUCUCAAGCUAAAACCAAAUGAUCAAAAUUUCCACAUUGACCUCCAACGGGCUCCGAGAAUAUAUUUAGAGCAUGGCCCGCCCCUCUCUCCUCAUCUGUGAUCACCUUCUAUUCAUCUACCUGUAUAUAAACCCCUCUUGCUCGCUGGCUUUGCGGCGUUGCCCUCUCAUCCAUCACCCUCCGUAACUUUCUCUCCUAUAUCUCGUUGCGCUUUGCAUACUCCCCAACCCACCUCAUACAUCCAUCAAUGGAACCUUUGUCGCGGAAGCCGGAGAUUGGCUUCCAGAGCUAUCGCAACAUGCCCGUCCCCCAAGGAUCUUCGGCAGAGCCCGCCCGCCUGAGCUCGGUGCCGCAGGAUGAGCUCCAUGACCUCCUCUGCGUCGGUUUUGGCCCGGCCUCUCUCGCGAUCGCAAUCGCCCUGCACGAUACCAUCGAUCCCUGCCUGAACAAGUCGGUCCCCGCUGGUUGGCAACCCAAGGUCUGCUUCCUCGAGCGACAGAAGCAAUUUGCCUGGCACUCGGGUAUGCUGGUACCAGGCUCCCGGAUGCAGAUCUCGUUCAUCAAGGACCUGGCAACCAUGCGCGACCCGCGCAGCAGCUUCACCUUUUUGAACUACCUCCACCAGAAUGACCGCCUGAUCCAUUUCACCAACCUCAGCACCUUCCUCCCCAGCCGCUUGGAGUUUGAGGAUUACAUGCGGUGGUGUGCGCAGCGAUUCAACGAUGUGGUGAACUAUGGAGAGGAGGUCGUUGAGGUGGUCCCCGGCAAGACUGACGUGAAUGGCUCCCUCGUCGACUCGUUCACGGUCAAGUCCCGCAAUACCGAGACCGGUGAAAUCAGCUCGAGGACGGCUCGCAAAGUGGUCGUCGCUCUUGGUGGCAGGGCGAAGCUUCCCCCGGGGCUUCCUCAGGACUCGCGGAUCUUACAUUCGUCCCAGUACUGCACUGGCCUGCCGGGCGUGCUGAAGGAUGCUCGGGAACCCUACAGCAUCGCGGUCCUUGGAAGCGGACAGAGCGCCGCGGAGAUUUUCCACGACGUCCAGAAGCAAUACCCCAAUGCGAAGACGACCUUAAUCAUGAGAGAUACGGCCAUGCGACCCAGUGACGAUUCACCAUUUGUCAACGAGGUCUUCAACCCCGAACGAGUGGAGAAGUUCUUCAACCUCGCCCCCGCCGAACGCCAACGCUCGCUCCUCGCCGACAAGGCAACCAACUACAGCGUCGUCCGCCUCGAGCUCAUCGAAGAGAUCUACAACGACAUGUACCUCCAGCGAAUCAAGAACCCCGACGAAACCCAAUGGCAGCACCGCAUCCUCCCCUCCCGCAAGAUCACGCGCGUCGAAACCAACGGACCCAACAACCGCAUGCGUCUUCACGUGAAGGCCGUGAAGGACGAAUCGGAAAGCAUCGUCGGAGACGGCAAGGACACCGUGGAGGUCGACGCAUUGAUGGUUGCCACGGGCUACUACCGCAACGCCCACGAGCAGCUGCUGCGCAGUGUGCAGCACCUGCGCCCUGCGAACCAGGAGCAGUGGACCCCCGCCAGAGAUUACCGCGUUGAGAUGGACUCCAGCAAGGUCAGCCCGGAUUCCGGGAUCUGGCUGCAGGGCUGUAACGAGAAGACCCACGGACUGAGUGACAGUCUGCUGUCUGUGUUGGCAGCGCGCGGUGGAGAGAUGGUGGAAUCCCUCUUUGGAAGCCAGCUUGGUGCGACGGUGCAGGACACCACUAGAGCUCGCGCUAUGCUGUAAAUGGAAUUAGGUCUAUUGAUUGGUGGUUUUCCAUGAAGUGAGUUAAUCAACUUCACAAAUUAAAAGGACGGGGAGGGAAAAGGAAAAAGGGGCGAGGGCGGCAAUUGCGAUAUACAGGCAUAUCGG